AUGGGAUUUAAGUAAAUUUCAACAUGUAAGACGUGAAAUUGGUAGUUCAAUGAAGAGUGUUGGUGAAGUAAUGGCUAUUGGCAGAACUUUUGAAGAAAGUUUACAAAAGGCUAUUCGUCAAGUUGAUCCAUCUUUCAAAGGGUUCCAAUCCAUUCCAUUUAAUGAUCUUGACAAUUCAUUGACAAUACCCACAGACCGUCGAUUAUUUGCUGUUGGUCAAGCAAUGAUUGAAAAAAAUUAUACAAUUGAUCAAAUUCAUGAUCUUACCAAGAUUGAUAAAUGGUUCUUACACAAACUAGGAAAUAUUGUCAAUGUUCAACAUGAAUUAAAACAUGCUGGAAAACUUGAAAAUAUUUCAAAAGAAUU